CACCUCCCCAACGUGGCCGUGCCUAUUAUACUACUGAACUGAUAAAGUGAACUACAUUUCUGGAAGAAUAAACAUUAAGCGUGAAAACGUGCGUCCAGAGUACCAUAAUAUCGAAAAGCGGUGCCUUCUUUUGCUUUCAACCAGUGGACAGUUUCGUGUGUGCCUUUGAAACGGUGGUACGAUUCGUGUUGAGAAUUGCUUAAAUUAGUUCGGCUGAAGUUCAUUGACGGGUUUGGUUGUGCAACCGUAGCAGGCGAGUGUUUUUUGUGCCGCUUUUUUGUCACCGUUUUGGGAAGAAUACGAAUAGAAACUAAAUCUUACAAAAUCGCUGCGUAGCGGCAGUUGACCCAAAAUCGGUGCCACAACACGUUUCCUUUGAAAUUUGGUUGUGGCCAGCGGUGCAGUGAGUGAAAUGGUGUGCUAAAAUCAAAUUUUAAAGUGCCCAAAACUACAGCAGACACCCAAAGGACGGUCUUUCGUGAAGCAAACAAACGUUAAAAACCAUGCAAAUCGAGUACAAACGAUGUACCAAAUUGUUUUCCGGCUGUGGCGUAGCAUCGCUACUUGGAGUAUUGAGUUAUGAAGCAUACCGAACGUACGCAGCUCUCUCGUCCCUGGUGGACACGCGGGUCCUAGACAUCGACCGGAAGCGACCGGAUUAUAUCUACAUCAAGCAUCAUAUCUACCGGCAGUCGCUACGCGAACGAGCCCUCGACGCCGAGAACCAACAUCGGCUGCUGAACAUAAUCGUACAACCGUUCGAGAAAUGGUGGAAAGCGCUGAAACACUCCGUCGCCUGGCGGUUGCUGCGAAUCGCGCAGCAGGGCGAUCAGGCGGAGCGGCUGAAAGCCAUCCGGCAGCUUGCACAGAUCGACCAUUUAAAGGAUUGGGAUUUCCGACACUUGGCACAGCUAUGCGACUAUCGGACGGCAAUUUCUCUAGCUCGCUCGAGCUGCGACACACGCUGGUUCCUGCCGCCGCGACAUUACGGUGUCCAGAAGGAGAUGCGCGAGGUGCUUCACGAUAUGAAGGCUCUGCUGGAACUGCUUUCCCCACACAAAUGCGCCGAGUAUGCGCUCGAGCAAACGUUUGGCAGCUCCGGACACAUCAAGGAACCGGACGGUGACGAGGUGACGUACCAGAUGUCACCGUCCCGCUUCGAGUACGAUCAGCUGAAGCAGGCCCUGAGCGCUCUGGUCCACCUGACCGGGUUGGUCGGUGGCGAGGGUAAGCAGCACUGCAAGCGCAUCGUCGAAUCCGGCGGAUUGCUGAUGCUGUUGGAGGCGGAAAAGCUUUUCCAAACCGACAUCGACAUGAAGCUGCUGGUGAGCCGAGUCGUUGCGAACCUGUCCGCCUGCGAGGGCCUUGGGUAUGCGUUUUUCGCCAGCGGUUGGUUGAGCGUGCUGGCACGCUGGAAGCGAGACGUUGACAUGCGCAUGCAGGUGACCGCCGAUCUGACGUUGGAAAACCUCGACCAAGACGACCCGAACGGGUUCCGGUACGCACCGAAAGUUUACCCGCUUCACCCGCGCGGUCGCCAGCACGCCAAACCGGCCGUCGAUGUCGUCUUCAUCCAUGGACUGUUGGGAGGCGUAUUCGUUACAUGGCGACAGAAGGAUCUCAAACCACAGGCCGCCAGUCUGCUAGAGGGCAUCACGUCAUACAAAGAUGAACUGCUCACGUUCCAGCCGACCACGACUAAGCCAAAGGAUCCCGCGAUCAGUGAUACGAAAACCAAAGAGCUUAUAGAGGCGCUGCAGGAAGAGGAGCAGCUCGGUUCGGACUGGUCCGUCGUGUAUCCGGACGUUCCGAUGGCGGCCGACGAAGAAGGACAAACGAAUGGCGAACGGUACAGCGUUCCGGGAGACCGGUGGCAACAGGAGUCGCUCGAAUCCGACCAGCGCUCGUUCUGCUGGCCCAUGGAGUGGCUCCCGAAGGACUUCCCGAGCAUCCGCGUGCUGGGACUCGACUACGAAUCAUCGCUCUCGCAGUGGUCCGCCACCGGUUGUCCGUGCGAAAAGUACGACGGUAAGCUGCAAAAGCGAGCGGCCGAGUUCCUGGAGAAGCUGGCCACCUCCGACGUCGGUCAGGACCGGCCAGUCAUCUGGGUCGGCCAUUCGAUGGGUGGACUGCUGAUCAAGAGCAUUAUGGUGCAAGCGGCGGAGAGUCCGAAUCCGCGCGUACGCCGAAUCGCCGAGAACUCGCGCGUCGUCAUGUUCCUCGGAACGCCCCACCGGGGUAGCGGAGUAGCCAAGCUGAAGCAGCACACAUCGGCACUCGUGUGGCCUUCGGUCGAGGUACGCGAGCUUGAGGAAAACUCCACCCAGCUGCUGCAUCUGAACAAAACGUUCCUCCGCACGAUCGACCAGCUCGGAGCACGGAAGCCGAAAAUUAUCACCCUCUGCGAGGGACGCCCGACCUCGCUGACUUCGUUCAAGCUCAACAUUCACGUCGUGCCGGAGAGUUCGGCCCGUAUCGAUGCGGGCGACUUUUACCUCACCAGCGAGGACCAUCUGAAUCUCAGCAAACCCAUCUGCCGGCAGUCGUUCCUUUACCAGCGGCUGGUCGGUGCCAUCCAGGACGCGAUCCGGGAUACCACCGGCGAGGUGCCACCGGCACCGGCCGUCCCAAAACCACAGCCGAACCAGCAACAGCACUUUUUCAACGGCACCAAACGGAGCGCCUCGAAUUCCGCGCUUUCCAACCUCCUCACACAACUCAAACAGUUCGAGCAGUUUAUGAACGUUUUCAUCUAACUCGCUCGAUGGUGGGCCGCGCCGGCCAGGCGACAACGGUACUGCAUCCGGGUGGUACCUGCAUCGCAUUUGUUUCUCACUUUGUACUUUUUGGUUCUUUUAACUCAAUGUGAUGAAGUGAUUUUGGUUAAGUUAUUUUCUAUCGACUUGUAACGAAAGAUGGCAGCACUACGUUGCGUUUGUUAAUUUAUUUUGUUUACCUAGUCUAUUGAACUGUUACGCAGCAUUACGGAAGGAUUUACACCGUGCAAGUAUUUACAAAUAAAACGAACUGACA